AUGGCAAGAAUUCGGAGUGUCAUCACAUUUUCUGGAGCACUGUGUCUUCUGAUUCAAGUUGUGAGUUGCAACGCGUCAGAUCUUGUAGUCGAAACGUCUGAAGACGUAGUGUCAGUAGCGGACCCUAUCAACGAUAUGAAACAGAAGAUUCACGGGAAGAUGUUCAUGGCACGGGCUGCUUCGUCAGAUCUGGAGAGUUCUGCCACAGGCUACGUCUAUAGGAGUGAUGGUAAGAGUCCAUCCAGCUACGUUCAUCUGAGUGAGGGAUCUGAACCUGCCAGCUACGUUCAGCUCAGUGAAGAAGAAAACGAAGCUUCUCCUAGUGCUUAUUACUUGGGCGGUCUAGGAGGUGCCGGUGGAGGAUAUUACCAUUACCCUGGACUUGUAGGGGGUGCAGGGCUGGGAUACGGGUCCGGGCUAGGUCAUAUAGGGUCUUCGUAUAGACAUAUUGGUGGUACCGGAGGAAUCGGUCUAGGACACCUCGGCAGUUCUUACGGCUCCCUUGGCUCAGGAAUUGGUGGAGGAUAUGGACUUGGACAUUAUUAUGGAGGAGGUCUUGGAGGACUUGGGGCCAAAUACAUCGGAGGUGGAGUUAGCCAAGGCGGUGGUUAUUCUCAAGGAUCCGGUGGUGGUGAACAGGGAGGAAGUUACAAAGAGGAAGACUUCAAGAAGGGUGGAGGUGACGAGUACAAAGCUGGUCACGAAUCAAGCGGUGGACAGAAAGGAGAAAAGGGGUAUAAGGUAUAUGAGGCUUAUGACAAGGGCGAUGCUGCGAAGAAGGGCAGUGAGGAACAGAAAGGUUAUUACAGCGACGCGGCAGGUCAGAAGAAAGGUCACCACGACCAAGCGGAACAAUAUGGAGAACAUCAUCAAGGGGCCAAAGGCUACAAGGGAACAAGUUAUGGUCAGAAAGGCAGUCACAAGAAGGGACAUAAAACUACUGGUUACCACAACGUCUAUCACAAAGACGAAUUCAAGAAGGAGCAUUCCUUUUACGAUGACGCUAACAAGAGUGGGCAUGAAAACAAAUAUGGCGGGUACGAAGAACAACAAUCAGCUUCUAAGGGAGGUCACGAGAAGGGAGGCCAUAUUGAUGCCGCUUAUAAUGAAGGUGAACAUGGAAAGAAGGGACAGUUCGAGAAGGGACAGCACUACGGCGAAGAAAAGGGACAUAAAGGUGAAGAAGGUUAUAAAGGAUAUCACGAUAAUCACGAAGAUUAUGGCAAAAAGGCUGGUCAUAAGGAAGGAUCUUCUUAUGGCCAUAGCAGUGGUUACGGUGGUGUCGGAGGGUAUGGCGGAGGGUAUGGCGGUGGGUACGGCUAUUACUGA